CACUAUAUGUAGUAGUCAAGAGGUCUAAAUAUCAAAGCAAAACAUAUUUCAACUUGACUCAGUCCACAACAUCCUACCUCAUAAUCAAUACCAGCCCAUCUACUCACAGACCAAUACACAGUUAAUUAGUAUCAAUUACUCUUCAUCCUCGCCAUAUCAAUUGCAAUUCGAGACUAUCUAUCAUCCGAGGCUAUGCUCUCCGAGUCCGGUGAGGACCUAUUAAAGUCUGGGAUGUUUUCAGAUGUGAGGGUGAAGUGCGGAGACCAGGUCUGGCAACUACAUAAAACUAUUAUCUGCCCAAGAUGCCCGUACUUUAAUAAAGCGUUCAAUGGUCCCUUUAUGGAAGCUACUACGGGUGAAAUCACCAUUCAGGAUCAGGUCCCCGAUGAUAUAAAUCACAUUAUUCAUUUUUUAUACACUGGAAAAGUUCCGCAGAACCUAGUCCAAUCCCGUCCUUGCGACCUUUUUAAACUAGCAGAUUUCUUUCAAAUCCGCAGUUUAGUGAAGAAGAUCAUAUCAAUAAUCGACCUUAAGCUGGACGAGAUGGCAGCGCGUUUGCGAGAUUUGCCUCGAACACCUACAGAUCUACAAAAGGUAUUUAAUGAUGAAGAAAUCGGGUAUUUAUUCCGAGCGAUCGAGGCUUCAUACGCCUCAGAAUCGCCCUUCUAUAUACUUUUUCGGGAUUUAGUCAAAGACUUCAUAGUCAUGAGCGGAUUUCGAAUCACCAAGUGUAACCGGUUUCUAACGACCUUAGAAAGUAUUCCAGAGCUGGCUGUGGACAUCAUAAAGCUUCUCCAGCAUUCAACCAUCACUACCAAUUUUCCUUCGGGAUGCAGGAAGUGUGGGGGCAAAACAAGUUCGGAUGAAUCGGUAUACCGUUGGGUGGGCAAAGACAUUAAUAAACGUCGUAUUUCAGUCAAACGCACGCUUCGUAGUAUAUGCGGAGACUGCAAAAAUUCCUACUGAUCUAUUCGAAGUGAAUAAUAAGCUCUGAGGCAGUCGUUCUGGGUUGAACCAGGUUCUUGAAGUGUAAAAUAC